AUGGACCCAGACGGUCGAGGCCGCUGGUGGAAGGUGCAUCCCGACCAGCCGAAGAACGAGGACUGGGAGCUGUUCAAGUGCUUCGACUCCAGGGAGGAGGUUACGGAGUCCGAGAGUGAGACGGAGUUCCAGAUGAAUGCCGAUGUUGGUCUGGACCAUGCCGGAACAACGGGUGCCUUGUCGCAUCUUCUCGAUUCCUCUUCUGGUGCACGUGGCAGCAAUGACCCGGGCUCGAACGACCUGCCGCCUCCACCUCCCCCGAAGCUGCCGCGUAAAGAGAAGAAGGCAAAGCCCGCACCCGAAGAAGCUCUUGACUUGCUGAAGAAGGGCACUCAGCGCAUCAUCGAGGCAGACGGCAUGGAGGCCAUGCUCAAGAACGGCGGGAUGGGCGAUGCAUUUGCAAAAGCUAUGGUUUCCGACAUGCGGUCUGAUAUCGACUUGAUGAAGCAGCGGCACACCGAGCUUCAGCAUGCAGUCACGACAAAGGAGGCUGAUUCAGAGAUCGGGACUUUGAACAUGUUGCUCAAAGCGAGCUACAGCAUGUAUGAUGAGAAGAUGAAAGCGGUGAAGCGUGCAAUUCGUCCGGCCCCGAAAGCAAAGGCCAACCCAAAAGGGAAGGCCCACGCGAAGGCCAAAGCGGCUGCCUGA